UGGUUUAAGGAUGAGUCAGGGCUUCGAUUAUCCUGGCUCUACGACUACGACGUUCGAUCGCUUUCCCCCGCUCUCGACAUCUGAAGUGAACUGGUAGGAGGUAUAACGGGUAUCGUGGUCGACAACAUCGAGGGCGUUUGCCAUUUCGCCAUGUCCCGACCUGAUGAUGUAUCCGAGUCCAAUCACGGCCAGGAAAGCACGUCGGAGGAACAACAUACGACAGAGGAGGGAUCGAGUUUCCCUCAAACACUACCCAGAAGCCAGUCCUUGAAUAUACACUCCGCUCAGGAGGGUGCUGCGCCAAUCCGACCGUCCUUGUCUCCAUCGCGAACCCUGUCCGAUGCCGGUCGGAGGCCGUCUCAACACCAUGUCCGCUUUUCGACCGACUUGGAGCGUCCAUCUGCGGAGGAAGUCGCCGGGCCUGACGGGAAUCAACGGCCCGGGUCGAGGGGGUUGACAAUCAAUACCAAUAUCGCACAAUUGCAGGUUCCUGCAUCGGGCAGGUCCCCAGGUCAGGGUGCAACCUCGCCCUUGUCUCCGCAUUCCGCAUUAUCCCCUUCUUCCCCGCAAAGUCCGGAAUCUGUUGGCCGCUCGCGGUCACGUCAUCGUGGAUAUUCUCUCCGACGGACAAUCUUCGCAAAGAACAUCGAGUCAGCUGUUACGUCUCCGGGUGCGAUUGAAUUGGGUCCAGCUCAGGGUGUCAGCCCACAACGUGAAGAACCCGUCGCAGAACCCCUCGUUGAAGUACCUGUGAGAAAAUCGGCAGAUGUACCACGUCAGUCGACCGAAGAUGAGAAGCAAGAUGCGCUGGUGACACAGAGAUCCGCAUCCGAUAGCAACCUGGACAUUUCGACCACAUAUUACUCUGAGCCGUCGGAGAAUCUCAAGGAUAGGAAGCACCUCUCCACGAGUAUCUCAUAUGAGAAAUGGCUUCAGCGAAGGGCGGCAAUUGCUACGCUGAAGCUGCGUCUGGAGGAUAUGCUCGAGACCGCUCGCAAGACCAUCCUUCGCAUCAAAGAAAUCCCCCCGAGCAAAGACGGUCGUCACAUCGACCUUGACGCUACCCGUACCGAAGACCUUGUUGAUGAGAGGACCGGAACCCUCUAUGUCGGAAACUCCAUCCGCUCGAGUCGUUACAGCUUCUGGAGCUUUUUCCCCCGCCAGCUGUUUGCGCAGUUUACGAAGCUGGCCAACUUCUAUUUUCUUAUUGUUGCAGUUCUACAGAUGAUUCCUGGGCUGAGUACCACCGGUUCAUAUACCACUCUUGUCCCGUUGUUGAUCUUUGUCGCUAUCUCGAUGGGCAAAGAAGGCUUCGAUGACUGGCGUCGCUACCGCUUAGAUAAGGAAGAAAAUAACCGAUAUGCGUUUGUCCUACGUCCUGGUGCCGGAAUGUUUACUCAGAUGGCCCCCAGUGAUAGCUUGUCCGUGUCGAGCGAGCAGGAUUGGGCCCCGGUGAAGUGGAAGGAUAUCAAAGUUGGCGAUGUCAUCAGAUUGGAGCGUGAUCAGCCUGUGCCGGCAGAUAUGGUCUUGCUCCAUGCGGACGGGCCCAAUGGCGUCGCAUACAUUGAGACCAUGGCCUUGGACGGCGAGACAAACCUCAAAAAUAAGCAGCCUUCUCAGCCCGUGGCCAAGGUGUGUGGGUCCGUUGAAGGAAUCUGCAGCAACGCCCUCCAUUUCGCUGUCGAGGACCCUAACAUGGACCUCUACAAAUUCGACGGAAAUGUGACCAUUGCCGAGGAUGAGAAGCUGCCAUUGACCAACAACGAGAUUGUGUAUCGUGGAAGUAUCCUGCGCAAUACCGAAUGUGCAUAUGGUAUGGUCAUCUAUACUGGCGAGGAGUGCAAAAUUCGGAUGAAUGCGAACAAGAACCCUCGGAUCAAGUCGCCAUCCCUUCAAGCCAAGGUGAACCGGGUUGUCAUGCUGAUUGUGCUCCUUGUCGUCAUACUCGCGGUAUCAUGUACUCUUGCCUAUAAGUUCUGGUUCCAUCAGCAGGUCGAACCCAACUCGUGGUAUCUCACACAGGCGAGUGUAGCCAUCGGGCCUAUCUUCACCUCGUUCCUGAUCAUGUUCAACACGAUGAUUCCCAUCUCGUUGUACGUGAGUAUGGAAAUCGUCAAGGUCGCCCAGAUGCUUCUGAUGAAUUCCGACAUCGACAUGUAUGACCCAGAGACCGACACUCCGAUCGAGGCUCGCACUUCCACUAUCAAUGAGGAGCUAGGCCAAGUCAGCUACAUCUUUUCCGACAAGACCGGUACCUUGACCAAUAAUUCGAUGCGCUUCCGAAAGAUGAGUGUGGCUGGCACCGCGUGGUACCAUGACUUUGAUCUGGUCGAAGAGGCUGCCAAGGCCGGCGACCAGACAAAGUUGAUCCACAAGAAGCGCAACGUAAAAGGAAAGAAGGCACUUAGCCGCAAGUCUAAUGUCUCGGAGGCGCGGAGACAACCUCCCAGGACGUCGAUGUCCAUGACGAACGAACUGCAGGGACGUGGCGCUUCAAUGCGCAACAACCGUACCACUGAUAUGCUCAAGUAUAUCCAGCGCAAACCAUACACCGUCUUUGCUCGCAAAGCCAAGAUGUUUAUCCUAGCAUUGGCGCUGUGCCACACUUGUAUCCCCGAAGACGAUGAAGCUGGUAAUGUCACCUUCCAGGCCGCAUCUCCUGAUGAGUUGGCGCUGGUCAUGGCUGCCCAGGAGCUUGGAUACAUCGUUCGAGACCGGCAACCAAACACGUUAACCAUCCGGACCUAUCCCAACGGCCCCGACGACACUCCCUGCGAUGAGGUUUAUGAGAUCAUGGACGUGAUCGAGUUCUCGAGCGCCCGUAAACGGAUGUCGGUUGUCGUGCGGAUGCCUGAUCAACGCAUUUGCGUGUUCUGCAAGGGCGCUGAUAGCAUUCUGAUGCGCCUGUUGAAACGGGCCGCGCUUGCGCAAGAGAGGGCCGUGGAGAUUGAGAGGCGCGCUAGCAAACGAAAGGCGGCCGAGGCUGCCCAGGUCGUGCGACGGAACAGCGAGUAUCACAGUCGAAAGGAUAGUGGGCUUCGGACCAGCUUUGCUCGCCCUAGCAUGACCCGUCGGCGAUCCAGCGUGACCGGCGAUCAUGUGUCGGCCCUGAGGGAGAGCAUCGAUGUUUGGCUCCGUGACCGAGAGACUGAUGGUGGUAUGCUGACGCGGGGAGACGAUCCCGAAUACUACAGCCCUCGUCCCUCAGCCCAGCUGGGACGCCCUUCGAGCACAUGGUCGGACUCGGGCAGUUCAGUCCAUGAAAACGAGGAGGAAGACCUGGUUGAAGAGGCUCUCGUUGUCAACGAAACUGCCGUGUUCGAGCGGUGUUUCCAGCACCUGAAUGACUUUGCAACGGAGGGAUUGCGGACGCUCCUGUACGGGCACCGCUUCCUCGACGAUGCCACAUACAAUAGCUGGAAGGCCGCCUACCGCGAGGCGUCCACCAGUCUUGUCGACCGACAGGAGAAAAUCGAACAGGUCGGAGAACAGAUCGAGCAACAGCUGGAGUUGACGGGCGCGACGGCCAUCGAAGACAAGUUACAGCACGGCGUGCCCGAGGCGAUCGACAAACUUCGACGAGCCAACAUCAAAAUGUGGAUGCUGACUGGCGACAAGCGAGAGACAGCCAUCAACAUCGGGCACUCCUGCCGUCUGGUGAAGGACUACUCGACGCUUGUCAUUCUGGAUCAAGAGACUGGCGAGGUCGAGCAGUCGAUUGUCAAGUUGACCGCCGACAUCAUCCAAGGUACUGUGGCCCAUUCGGUUGUCGUGGUCGACGGACAAACGCUAUCGAUGAUCGAAUCGGAUGAAAUCUUGGAGGCACAAUUUUUCAGAUUGGCGGUUCUUGUUGACUCGGUCAUUUGCUGCCGCGCUAGCCCCAAGCAGAAGGCGUUCCUGGUCAAGUCGAUUCGUAGACAAGUCAAGGGUAGCGUUACCCUUGCGAUCGGUGAUGGCGCGAAUGAUAUUGCCAUGAUUCAGGAAGCCCACGUUGGCAUCGGCAUUACCGGUAAGGAGGGGUUGCAGGCGGCUCGAAUCUCGGACUAUUCAAUUGCCCAGUUUAGGUUCUUGCUCAAGCUGCUCCUUGUUCACGGCCGCUGGAACUACAUCCGGGCGUGCAAGUACACGCUCGGAACCUUCUGGAAGGAAAUGCUGUUCUACCUGACCCAGGCGCUUUACCAGCGCUGGAACGGAUACACCGGCACCAGUCUGUACGAGUCGUGGAGUUUGAGUAUGUUCAACACCCUGUUCACUUCUCUGGCGGUCAUCUUCCUCGGAAUCUUCACCAAAGACCUCUCUGCAUCGACCCUCCUGGCUGUCCCGGAGCUGUACACCAAAGGCCAGCGCCAUGGCGGCUUUAACAUCCGGUUGUAUCUGGGCUGGACGUUCAUGGCGGCCUGCGAGGCAGUGAUGAUUUACUUUUGCAUGUUCGGGCUGUUUGAAAAUGUCAUGUUCACCCACACGGGGAGCGACAUCUUUUCCGCCGGUCUCCUCUCGUUCACGGCCUGUGUCAUCGUUAUCAACACCAAGCUGCAGGUCCUGGAGGUGCACAACAAGACGUAUCUGUGUUUAAUUGUGUGGGUGAUCUCAGUGGGUGGCUGGUUCUUGUGGAACCUGAUCCUGGAUGCCCGGUACAAUCCCAGCUCCGGCGACGGGAUCUACCACGUCCUUGGCAACUUUAUCUUCGCAUCCGGACACGACCUUGCAUUCUGGGCGGCUUUGUUCGUCACUAUCGUCUCGGUGAUUGUAUUCGAAAUGACCGUGAAUGCUGUGCGGGCGCUGCUCUUCCCCACGGACGUGGAUGUUUUCCAGGAGUACGAGCAAGACUUGGACAUUCGGAAGCGGUUUGAAGAAGCCGCGGCUUCGGAGCUGCAGCAAGGCUGGGAUCACGGCAAGAAGAAAUCCAGCUUUGAGCUGGCUCGCGAGGAGGAGAUGGAAGCGCGCGAGCUACAAAUUCGGGAGCUUCUUGCUCGGCCACGGGUGAUGACCACCAACCCCAAGGCCGCCGGUCCGAUCAAAACUGAAGACGUGGAAUUGGGCGGAUAUAGAGCGAACUCGAUGCCGGAGGAGGAGGUGCCAAAGACCCCGCGCCGGUCCGUCGAGGUUCACGAGUUGUUUUCGAAGGGAUUUGGAGCGAUCCGGAAGGGGCACUUGAAGUGAGAUGAAGAAAAUUCGUGUCUGCUUUGUUGAUUUUU